AUGUCUGCAACUCAAAUUAAAGGAAGUGAAGCCGUUAUCAAUUCGACAAACUUUGUAAGGUUAGAAACUCAUGAUUAUACCAUGAGUGGAAAACUAGGAGGAGAAGGCAAAGUUGUACAAAUCGACGAAUUUCUGUUUAGAGGUCGUCGAAAGUACAACCAUGGAAGAUUGCUUCUUGAUGACUUUAUGGAGAGUUUUGAUUAUGCUCGCCGUAAAAUAAUUAUGGUGAACGUGUCAAUGGACCAUGGGUUUUUGGCAUGGCUGAAGAAGGAUCUAGGAAGGUCAAAAUGUUUGUUGUGGAAAAGAGAGAUCGUGAUUCUCUGCUUCUUCUCUUAUUUGAACACGUGGAUAAGAAUAGUAUUAUCCACAGUGGUGGCUGGAAAGCUUAUUCCAGACUAG